CAACCCUUGCGCAGCCUCCUAGGGCUGCAUGGGCGGAUAGCCGUUCGGCGGGUUUCGCGCGAGCGGAACUCCACGAUCGCCUUUAUUGUUCGCGUCCUCGGAGAUAUUCGGGCCCCCUCGGACACUGCCGGUGGGUCCGGAUUGUGAGAGGGAGGAUUUGACGAAGCCUUCGCUCUUCUUCGGACCUUUGUUUCCCAUCCCGGUUCGGUCAUAGCCGGAAAGACUCGGGCCUCUUCGGCAGCGGCCGUAGCUCGACGAGUAACCGCCAUCUCUUCGGGUAACUUCGCGAGCUUCCGAUCUCGCUCUAGCCGCCUCAACAUGAACUUUCGGUGGAUCGGGAGAAGUCGGCUCUGAUCGGGAUCACUCGGGUGAGACCGAAGCGGGUUGCUGGACGGGUUCGGGAAGACCCGUCAUCGACGAUAGUCGGAUAAGAUCGGAAACGGCUUUGGGCCGUUCGUUUCCCUAUUCGGGAUUCUUAAAGUGGAGAUCGGGCGAGAUCGGAGAAUAACUUUCAUUCGGACGAAUUCGGCAAACCUCGCGGGAUAACAACCCCCCCUCCCCCUCCACUAAGUGUCUUCGGAUGGAGGACUCGGACUCGGCCGCGAAGCAACUAGGUUUAGCCGAGGCGGCGGCGGUAGCUGCCGCUGCUGCAGUAGCUGCAGCAGCGGCAGCUGCCGCAGCCGCAGAAGGAUCCGAGCAGCAGCACGAACACCGAGGACAGGUGCCCGGUUCGGAGGCGGAGCCACAAGAGGAAGAGGAGGUGACGGCUGUCACCGUAAUGGCGGCAGAUGCCGAACACAUUGAGAUGGGAGCCGAAUCCCUGCCGAGUGCGGACGAGGCUGCUGCGGCAGCUGCCUUUGCAGAAGUAACCACAGUAACAGUAGCCAAUGUGGGUGCCUCAGCAGACAAUGUAUUCACUACAUCUGUGGCAAAUGCAGCAUCAAUCUCAGGACAUGUAUUGUCUGGAAGAACAGCUCUUCAGAUUGGGGAUAGCUUAAAUGCUGAAAAAGCCACUCUGAUUGUGGUUCAUACAGAUGGCACCAUUGUGGAGAGUGCAGGUCUGAAGGGGCCAUCUGCGCCUCUUACUACAGGAUCUCAGUCCCCCUCUACUCAGUUAACAUCUGGUCAAGAAAAAGGUGGAACAAAAUAUAACUGGGACCCGUCAGUGUAUGAUAAUGAACUGCCUGUGCGAUGUCGAAAUAUCAGUGGGAUAUUGUACAAAAAUCGACUUGGUUCAGGUGGUCGAGGUCGUUGUAUUAAGCAAGGGGACAACUGGUACAGCCCCACUGAAUUCGAAGCUAUGGCUGGAAGAGCCAGUAGCAAAGACUGGAAAAGAAGUAUUCGUUAUGCUGGGAGGCCAAUACAGUGCCUUAUUCAUGAUGGAAUAAUAAAUCCCCAUGCGGCCUCAUGCACUUGCGCUGCGUGUUGUGAUGACAUGAGUCUGAGUGGUCCCAUAAGACUGUUUGUCCCCUAUAAAAGAAGGAAAAAAGAGAAUGAAUUACCUACAACACCAGUGAAGAAGGAUUCACCCAAAAACAUCACCUUGCUUCCUGGAACUGCUGCCACCACGUUCACGGUGACUCCUUCAGGACAGAUUACAACUUCUGGCACUUUGACCUUUGAUCGUACAGCGGCCGUGGAGGCCACAGCUAUUAUCUCAGAAAGUCCAUCCCAAGGUGAUGUUUUCACUGGUACCACUGUGCAAGAUACAAACCUUCAGCAACAACCUUGUCAGGUCAAUCAUCCAGAGCCUCACUAUCCAACUUAUCAAGACAGUUGUCAGAUCUCCGCAUUCCCCGAAGCAGCGUUGCCAACUUCUCAUCCCAAAAUUGUGCUGACCUCACUCCCUGCCUUGGCGGUGCCACCUGCUACGCCCACUAAGACAAUCUCCUCCUCUGUGAUGAAUGGACUUGAAAUGACAGAACAACGGAACUGGCUGUACCUAGAAGAGACUGUCAAUUCUCUGCUUAACACAGCUCGGCAGCUGAAGACGCUGAUCGAACAAGCGAAGCAGGCCAGCUCUUCCUACAGAGAAGCUGCUGUUUCUCAAGCGAAACUUCAAGCUGAUGCGGAAAGGAAAGAGUAUCAGAGUCAGUUAUUUCAGCAUACAGAAGAUGUUGAUGGAAAAACUGAAAUUAUUAUUAAGCAAUCCUGUGUAAACUGUGGCCGGGAGGCAAUGAAUGAAUGCACCGGUUGCCAUAAAGUCAAUUACUGCUCAACGUUCUGUCAACGGAAGGAUUGGAAAGACCAUCAGCAUAUGUGUGGGCAGUCAGCCACAGUAACUGUUCAGACAGAAGAAGAUCAUGAAACAGAUAAUGCGAUUGAAAAAGUUAUUGUCUAAAACCUCCUUUCUUCCAAUUUCAUGGAUUGUGUGGUGCAGCAGACUGGCUGGACCAGCAAUUCUUCUGUGAAGUUCUGUAAUAAACAAAAUAAAACCCUUCACCGAGAGGGCGAAGGCAUAGUAUUACUUGCACGUUGCUGGCCAACAUAUGAAUUUUCUCUAACCAAGCAAAAAAUUAAACCUUAAGGGGACAAGAGUAUCAAGGAGCUCCACUGUUUUAAGGGAACUUCGGAAGCUGAUGGAUCUUUACAAGCUUUUCCACAAAGCUGUUGUAAAACAAAUGGGUUUCUUCAAUUGUUGCCUCCUGCUGUUCUGAUGGAUUAUGGGGAUUCUUUGAAGUAUUUUGAAAAUGUUAUUUAAAGCAGCUUCUGGGUCUGCAUCCAUUUAAGAUUCCUCUGAUGAGGUUUCAAUAAAGAUUAUA